UUUGCUCUCUAAAUUAAGUAGAAAUAACAAAAUCAGACGUUUGUUUCUUUGGCUUUGAAAGUUCAAUCACUUUCCCAUUUUCCCGGUGGUCCGGCGGCUACCUCAUCGGCAACUGAGAAAAAUGUCUGAAAAUCACCCUCAUGUUCUCAUCUUUCCUUAUCCAGCACAAGGACAUAUGCUUCCCCUUUUGGAUUUCACUCAUCAGCUAGUCAACAAUGGAGUAUACAUCACUAUUUUAGUCACCCCCAAAAAUCUCCCCUUCUUGAACCCCCUUCUUUCCAGGAACCCAUCAAUCAAAACUCUCGUUUUGCCUUUUCCAUCUCACCCUUCAAUUCCCGCCGGCGUAGAGAACGUCAAGGACCUUCCUGCUAAUGGGUUCCUUUCCAUGAUGUGCAAUCUCGGAAAACUUCGAGAUCCCAUAUUGGAAUGGUUCCACAACCAUCCUUCGCCGCCGUCAGCUAUUAUUUCUGAUAUGUUUUUGGGGUUUACUCACGAAAUCGCCACCCAGCUCGGUAUUCGCCGGUACGUAUUCUCCCCCUCCGGCGCGUUGGCCCUAUCUGUUGUUUAUUCACUUUGGCGUGAAAUGCCCAAAAGGAAAGACCCGAACGAUGAAAACGAAAAUUUUCACUUCCCCAAUAUCCCCAAUUCCCCGAAAUUCCCCUUUUGGCAGAUCUCUCCUAUUUACCGGAGUUAUGUUGAAGGGGACCCAAGUACAGAAUUCAUCAGAGAAUGCUAUCUCGCUGAUAUAGCGAGUCACGGAAUCGUUUUCAACACGUUUAUCGAAUUGGAAAAUGUGUAUUUGGAUCAUCUGAUGAAAGAUUUGGGUCACAACAGGGUUUGGUCUGUUGGACCAGUACUUCCUCCGGGAGAAGAAGAUGAUGUUUCCGUCCAAUCAAACAGAGGCGGUUCGAGCUCUGUUUUAGCCAGUGAAAUACUAGCAUGGCUCGACAAAUGUGAAGAUCACUCAGUUGUAUACGUCUGUUUCGGCAGUCAAGCUGUGUUAACAAACAAACAAAUGGAGGAACUAGCCAUUGCUUUGGACAAAAGUGGUGUCCAUUUCAUUUUGUCAGCCAAAAGAGCCACCAAAGGACACGCUUCAAAUGAUUACGGUGUGAUUCCGUCUUGGUUUGAGGAAAAAGUGGCUGGACGGGGCCUGGUUGUUAGAGACUGGGCCCCACAAGUGUUGAUUUUAAAACACCGAGCUAUAGCCACAUUCUUAACUCACUGUGGUUGGAAUUCGACUCUCGAAAGCUUGACAGCAGGAAUACCAUUGUUAACAUGGCCGAUGGGUGCUGACCAAUUCGCCAAUGCAAACCUUUUAGUUGACGAGCAUGAGGUAGCUAUUAGAGCCUGUGAAGGUGUGCAAACGGUACCAAAUUCAGACGAGUUGGCUGCGCUACUGGCGGAAGCUGUGCAAGGAAACAAGGUAGAAGACCGGAGACUUCGUGCAUCGAAGCUACGAAAAAUUGCAAUUAAUGGCAUUAAAGAAGGCGGGAACUCAUUUAAAGAAUUGGCAGCGUUCGUAAAACAUUUAAGGGAGGAGGCUACAAUAAUCGAAGCGUAAAACUAACUUUUGAGGCAAUUAAAAAUUCUAGAAAGUCCAAAUCAUUAGAUUUAUCGUUUACGAUACAAAUAUGUAAGCAUAGAUUAUUUUAUGGACAAGUGUUUGCAAAUUUGAAACUUCAAUCUAAAAAUAUGCAAUUAAUAUGUCAAGUGAAAAAAUGCUUCUGUUAAUAA